CCCGCUUGUGACGCGACCAGCACCUCUCUAGCUCUCCUCCCCCUCGUCCAACCCUCGCACCUCCCUCCCCCCACGCCUCGCGCUCCCUCCCCAUGUCGGGCCCGCAGGUCAUUGUCGUCGGCGCCGGUCUCUCGGGACUGUCGGCCGCUCACACGCUGUACGAGAAGGGCGCCAACGUCCUCGUCCUCGAGAAGAACGCGUUCGCCGGUGGAAACUCGACCAAGGCCACGUCGGGCAUCAACGGCGCCGGCACCAAGGCCCAGGAGAAGCUCGGCAUCAAGGACUCGGCGGCGGCCUUCUUUGCCGACACCAAGAAGUCGGCUCGUGACCUCGCGCGCGACGACCUCAUCGAGGUGCUCACGGGCAAGUCGGGCGACGCCGUCAACUGGCUCGUCGAGCGCUUCAACCUCGACCUCACCAAGGUCUCGCGCCUCGGCGGCCACAGCUUCGAGCGCACGCACCGCGGGUCCAAGCUCUUUCCGGGAAUGAUGAUAACUUACGCUCUCAUGGAAGGCCUUGAGGAGCUCGCCGAGCAGGACCCGAAGCGCAUGCGCUUCCUCAAGAAGGCCGACGUCAAGAAGCUCGUCAAGGAGGGCGACGAGGUCGUCGGGCUCGAGUUCGAGUUCCAGGGCAAGACGCACACGGCGCACGGUCCCGUCAUCCUCGCCACUGGUGGCUACGCCGCCGACUUUGCCAAGGACGGCCUCCUCGCCAAGUUCCGCCCCGAGCUGCUCGACCUCCCGACGACCAACGGCGACCACUGCACGGGCGCCGGCACCAAGAUGGCCAUGGCGGUCGGCGCCAACGGCAUCGACCUCGAGAAGGUGCAGGUGCACCCGACGGGCCUCGUCGACCCGAACGAUCCCGACGCAAAGGUCAAGUUCCUCGCCGCCGAGGCGCUGCGCGGCGUCGGCGGCCUGCUGCUCAACAAGGAGGGCGACCGCUUUGCCGACGAGCUCGGCCACCGCGACUACGUCACCGGCCGCAUCUGGGAGGACAACAAGCUGCCCGUCCGCCUCAUCCUCAACGGCGAGGCGUCCAAGGAGAUCGAGUGGCACUGCAAGCACUACGUCGCGCGCGGCCUCAUGAAGAAGAUCGACACCGUCGACGACCUCGCCAAGGAGAUGGGCCUGCCGCUGUCCAAGAUCCAGGGCACGUUCGACGACUACAUGGCCAUCUGCAAAGACCCCAAGAAGGACCCAUUCGGCAAGAAGUACUUCUCGGCGACCAACUGGGGCAAGAACGCCGGCCCGUUCCACGUCGCCAUCAUGAGCCCGGUCCUGCACUACACCAUGGGCGGCCUCGAGAUCGACCCGCUCUCGCAGGUCCUCAACACGGAGAAGAAGCCGAUCAAGGGCCUGUUCGCGUCGGGCGAGAUUGCCGGCGGCGUGCACGGCGCCAACCGCCUCGGCGGCUCGUCGCUCCUCGGCUGCGUCGUGUUUGGUCGCGUCGCGGCCGACACGGCGGCGUCGUACCUCCUCAAGAGCCUCUCGUCGGGCUCGGGCGCCGUCGCUCGCCUCGGCCAGGUCAACAACCACCUGCAGCCGCCGUCGACGACCAUCUCGAUCGACCCGUCGACGCAGCAGGUGCACCUCACGCUCAACUGGUCGGGCCAAGGCGCGUCGUCGUCGUCGUCGGGCGGCGUCAAGCCGACGGGCCCGUCGACGGCCGAGCAGCCGGCCAACGAGGUCGACGCGGCGGUCAAGCACGACGAGGAGACCAAGGCGGGCGAGAAGAAGGGCGUCGAGCAAAAGGAGUACUCGCUCGAGGAGGUCGCCAAGCACAACACCAAGGACGACAUCUGGAUUGCCGUCAACGGGCAGGUGCUCAACGUCACCAACUUCUUGCAGGACCACCCGGGCGGCGCCAAGGCUCUCAUGCUUUAUGCCGGGCAAGAAGCCUCGGAAGCCUUCAACAUGCUCCACGAGAAGACCGUCGUCGCCAAGUACGCGCCCGACACGAUCAUCGGCACCUACAAGCAGUAAGGCGGCGUCCGGCCACCUCGACUCGCCAACUCUUCGUCCUCUUUCUCCCCUCUCCCUUCCUGCCCCUCCUCUCUCUCUCUCUCUCUCCUUCUCUCGUCUCGCGUUUCCUCCUGGUCUGUAGGUGCCUUCUCGUUUUCCCCUCCCCAUUUGUGCCCUCCUCGAGCUUUUCUGUAACGACCCGAACAAGCAGUGCCCUUCGUC